UAUCAUUAUGGAUAGAUGUUAUUUGAAGUUAUAUCAAAUAUCGGGAAAUAUCUGUAUUAAUAUAAUGUCUUAUGACAGGGAAGAUUGUCAGUUGUUUCCUCUUAUAGUUUCCACAUUAUUUCAAAUUGAUUAAAUACCCAGCAUCAGGGAAUUGUAUUUCAUGCUGGUUGCUAGUGGGACGGAUAAAAUUCAGGAAAAAAAAUGACAAAGUUUGUUGAUGGAAUAUCAAUAACGUCUUUGUUAUUUGUAAUUACAGUAACUACCCAGAGAUGUUGAGCAGACAUUAGAAUCAAUGACCUAGAAAUUGGAUUCCAGAUUCACAGUUAAGGAAAAUAUCGUGCUGUUUCAGCAAGGAAAAAGGAAAUUACAAAAAAAUUCUUGUCAUUCUGAGUGAUCAGGGGAUUUAAGAUAAUGUUCAAAAAGGAAGAAUUUCAAAUUUCAAGGUCACCUGAUGCUGAAAUAAGCGGGAAACAAGAUAUUACUUUACAGUGAUCUGUUAAUUGGAAUUUAUACCAUACAUCCUACAGAAAAAUCAAAAAUGUCAACAACACCGUUAAGAAAAGUGGAUAAAAUGUCAUCUCAAUCACUAAAUUUUUCACCUGUUGAAAGCGGUCGAACCAACAGUCCUGCUUUGAUGGAAAGGAACAACAUUUCGAGUCCUGAUUUAAAAAGAAUUUUGGAUUUUCCUUCUGAACCGAAAAGAAGGAGGGUCAUGAUGGAUGAUGUCUCAAUAACGAGUAGCCAAGUCAGUAGUCAGGUCAGCAGUAGAGCUCACUCGCCAUCUUUUUCGGAGUUGAUGGAUGAUAGUUUGCAGAGUACCCCUGGUACCACUCCUGGUACCUCCCCUGCAGGUACUUUGAAGGACCAGUUCAGAAGGCGGUACAGUAAAUAUGAGCUACUUACAGAUAAUUUCCAGUACCUUUUUGAUAAAGAUAUUCUGGAUGCCUGUAAGACUUCUGAUGAGGAAACGUCUGGUGAGAACAAUAAAGUUUCGCUAACAGAAUUUCGUAAACAGUAUCAUGAGCUAACAUCAUGGUUAGCUCAGGUGCUGCAGACUACCCAGAAAUCAACAGGUAGUUUGAUGCUAUCGGAGAAGUAUUUAGUUCAGAAGGAUCAAGAAGAACUUUUGAACCAAUCUCCCAGACUUCGCCUCAUCAAUGACUACGCCCAGCAGCUAGUGGAGCGCCACCCGGGGUUUAAAGAGGAGGUAACCCCAUGCCUACAACACCUUCACCAGCAGUGGAAGGUGGUCGAGGAAACUGUUUCCUGUAAAGAUAUAAGUAGAAACACUGAUUGCAUGAUAGCAGACAUGCAAAUGGAUCUAAAAUCAUUGGCUCAAUGGCUUGAUGAAGUUGAACAAAAGUUAUUUUCGCUAACACUCCACUCAAAUACCAACGAUGAAGAAGUUCUACAUUUACUGCAAAUUCAUCAGGUGCUCCAGAAAGACAUAGAAUCCAGGUCCAGGAAUAUCAAUGCAGUACUAAAACUUAGUGACAGAUUACAAGAUGAACUUGAAGAAGAUUUGCUUCAACACGCACAAGCUGCCCAACAGAUACAGCGACGAUGGCAUGGAGUCUGGCUCCAGUCAUUAGAAUCACAAUGUAGACUGGAAAAUGCCUUGAAAGCUAAAAAGAAACCAUUUUCAUCAGCAUCAUUCUUAUCAGGUUGGAUACCACAAAAUUCUGGAUGGGAAAAAUUUGGAUCCAGUCCUCUCACUGAUGAUAGUUUCACUGUGAAUAAUCGUUGUGCCGAUUUUGUUGAAUCUCCCCUUGCAGAAGAUAGCGAUCAAAAGGAUAGUAGUACAUGUGUUGAAGAGACUGACAUUAACUGUGGCCUUUCUCAUGCCUCCGGGGACUUCAGCGGAAAAGACAGUGCAGUCGUCAGUGAAGUGGAGUUUAAAAUGUCAUCGGAAUGCAGCGAUUCUGACCUAGAAAUGCUGAGAAGGAACAAACACAGACUUGAGAGCCGAGACAUUGGUUAUAGCAGUGGUACCUCUGUAUCCCCUAUCAAUACUGGUCACACCAGUACAGAAUCUGAUUGUGAUGAUAUUCGUAAACUGAUUGAAAAGGUUGACACACUUGUUGGUGAAAAAUUACCAACCAGUGAAAAUAAGUCUCCCAAAAGAGAAAGGAGAUCUCCUGUAAAGAGGAAAUCUGAAUCUCCUCCGAAGAUAAUUGAGAUCAGUUCAUGUGAUGCAAGUAGCGAGGAUAGUGAUGAAGGCGCUGAUGAGUUCUCCACAGCAACAGAUGAUCAGGAAAUAUUGUGUGAUAGCGUAUUGGGGCUGGAUUUCAAUUCCGAUGCUUCAUUGUCACCCACAACUCUCCCUAGGUUCCACGACACAUCAAAACUGAAAAAGCGAAAACAACGAAAAGAUAGACCAUGGAGCGUGAUUCAGUUCAGUGAUGUUAGUGAUAAAGAGGUUGUGACACUGUCCAAAUCAGAGACGUCAAUAAAUACAUUGGAAUAUGAAACUCCAAAACAGUUCCGUUCAUCGACUUUGCCCAAAUGUGGUGUUAAGAGAAAACUGUAUGAUACUACACCACGUGUGGAAGUUACUGAUCCAGAAACUGAAGUGUCAGAUGCCUACGUGACAGCCCAGACGGACAUAUCCUGUACAGAGGAUGAGGAUCCACUCAAUAGUACUGCUUCCAUGUCAGAACCAGUUUGGUGGGAUAACUACCACCAGCAAACAGUCUACACGUCCCUUGGUGAGGACCAAGAAGAAUUGCCUAUCUCCUGGGCCCAGCUAGAGCAGGACUUGGAAUUUGAUGAGGAAAUAACCUCUGCCCAGUCCUCUUCCAUUGUGAGAGAUGUUAUGGCUAAAAAGAAGUCAAAGCCAAAAUUGACCAAUCAGAGCAGUAAGCAUGGCUAUGACUCUGAUUCUGAUUUAGAAGAUUUAUACUUCUUCAUCAAAGACUCUGCCAAACAGCUCAAAAUCACAGAUCAGUUCCUAAAGAAAAAGGUCAAAGAUUUCCAAGGAACAGGAGUUGACCUUAACUCCAGCAAAUAUGCUGAAGUUAUAGCUACCUGCCAGACCAACAUAGAUUGUUUGAGGAGAGUACUACAACAUCUAGGAACAGUUGUUAGUACUGAUGAAGAAGAAGAUGUUGAUACAUUGCAAGAAAUUCUGUACCAAUGGGAGAAGCUGCAUGCCUUUGCCAGUGACAGACAACUACAGUCACAACAAUUGUCAACAUUAUAUAAAUGUUUGGAGGACAUACAAUCCAAGGUCAAUGGUUGUGAUGUCAUUCCAAAUCAUCAUAAAUUCUCAAACAUCAGGGAAGUUGAACAGUGUCUCAGUGAUGUUAAGGAGAAACAUGAGACUAUGUUACAAACAAAGGAUAUGUUCUAUCACUUAGAGGAUAAAAUAUCAGUCUACGAACUGGAGCACCCCUCUAUUAAUCUGGACCAAUUGCUAUUUCAAACAAAAUUAGCUGGGCAGACCAUGUCUGAAAGAUCACAAAGACUUAGUCAGGAGAUGGCAAAACUAGAACAUAUCCAUGAGAUCUGGCAGGAUUAUAGUAGAACCAGACAGGAUCUGGAGAAACUAUUGCAGGAGCAGUUCAAUGUAGAAGUUCUGGCUUCUAGGCUGGAGUCACAAGAGGAUCAGUCAGAGGAUCUUUGCCUUCAGAUGAUAAAUGAGGCCUUAAAAAGUUAUGAGGAGAAGAGUCAGAAACUGCAGGUACUGAGAGGUCAGCUAUCAAACUACCUAAAUGAGGAUACCAGGACUCAAAUGAUGAAUAGUAUGUCUGAUAUACAUGAUCAGCUGUUUGAAGCUCAGAGAAAAUGUGGACAGUUGCUGAGAACAAUCAAUCAGGACUUGGCAGCACAAUUAGAAAAAAAUAGUGGCAGAACGUCAUCGGCAGCAUCAUCGUCAUUUUCAUCACCAUCAACAUGGCUGAAGUCACGUUAUGUUCAGGCAGCGGCAGUCUUUUUAAUGUUUGGUAUAGGUUACAUAUUAAACCCAGAGACUGUUACUGAGUUAGGCAACUGGUCUUUCUCCAUAGCACCUGACUUUAGAUAUGUAAAUGGCCCACCUCCAAUCUAAAGGUCAAAGUUUAAAGGUCAAAGUGUAUAUACAUAAUGAUUUUGUACUUAUAGAAAUCUCACGAUAACAGAAAGGUUACACAGAUCAAUAUAUAUAAAUGAGUCAUUGUAUUGUACAUAGACGUGUACUUAUAAUCUAUAAGCAAAAAUUGCAAAAAAGAUACAAAAAAUCGAUUGAUUUCUGUAGUCAAGAGUAUAUGUACAAAAGUGUCUCAGUGGGCAUGCCCAGCAUGCCCGGUAUGAUAGCGAAGAGAGAGUAAUAGUGCUAUUUAUAGAAAUACAGUACUUAUAUUUGAGUAUCUUACUCCAGUGCUCAUAUGAAGUAAAAAGCUUUUGGGAACAAGAUCUAAAAUAAAUAGUUUAAGAAAUGAUGAUGUAAUUGGCGCCAAGAAUAGAAUGUUCGGAAAAGUUGAAAUCAGUAACUUUCGUCAUUCAGGGAGAAUUUUUAAUCAGGGAAAGAACAACUUAAUUAUACCUAUGCAAUACAUUUCAUAAUUUAUUUGCUGAACAAAAAGAUAAUCAAAACUAAAAAUUUAGAUACGAAACUAUGAAAUUUUGACGUUCAAAACUACCAGUCCCUUAGAAGUUUAGAAAUUCCGGUAAUUUAGCACAUUGUAACAAAAAUUUGUUCAUCAUGUGUAUAAAAGGCAGCUACAUUGUAUAUAUGUCAUACUAUAAGACCACAUGGUUGUAUAUUUAUUUUUAUUCAAAUAAUAUUUAUCAAAUAUGUGUACUAGUGGUUGUUGUAGUGGCAUUUUUUUGUUUUAGCCAAUUGUCUUUAAGUGUUGUAUAAAAGAUAGAAUCUGAAUUGUAUAUCAGAUGUCUGUCGAAAACAGAUAUGAAUCAAGUAUUUUAUUUAUGGUAUCUCAAUACCAGAGAUGUCUUGCAACUAACAUCAGGAAAAAUCAAAAUCACAUAGUGAAAACUCAUGAUGAAAAUUGUUGUUGAAAAUAUAUUUAGAGGAUAUUUAUAGCGUUUAUCCCCAGGACUCAGGAAUUAAUUCAGAGGUUGAAAAUAUUAUGAACUAUAAGAAUAUGGAUUAGGAAUAAAUUAAAGGUCAUCUUAUUAAAUCUGAUGGAGUUUUAGAACUGGAUAAGAAAAACGUUAAAUAUGAAAAGGACAUAUAAAGAAGGAAUAUAGUAUUCAGGUUCUUUGUAGCAACGAAAUGCUAACGCUUCAUAUACUUUAUGAAAAGUGUGAUGAAGAGAGGGAAAGGAUUAUAACACUAUCAGUGAUUGUGUUAUGUAGCAGACGACAUAAUUGACUUUUGUAUAAUGAAACCUGGUUGUGUUGAUAUGUACAAAACGGGUUUAAUUAUGCUGUAAGAGGAGCUUUUUUUAUUGAGUGGUGUUGCAUGAAUUUUUAGUAAAGGCUAUGUAGAGCUUGAAAUUUAUGUUAUAACUAGAGUCUAAUGUGUAAGGCUUAGUUAGUGUGAGUACAUAUUCUUAAUUAAUGGAGGAUGAAUAACAUUACAUUAAAUUAUUGAAUGUACAAAAUGCAUUGUAAUGUUACAUAUCAGUGUGUCCACAAAUAUCAAAGAUUAAGUGAAAUCACUUGAUAUUCAAAGGUUGUACAUAUAAUGUUGGAAUAAUCACAAUGUAAUAACUUGGAAGAUGCUAAAAACAAGAUAUGUUUCUGAAGAUAAAUGUUGUUCUGAAUUUAGGGCUUGCAAAUCAUAAUUGCUCCUGCAAAAUAAUAUUUAAAUUUUCAUUUUCCAUGAUUUUAGUAUUGUUCUGCUUUGCAACCUUAAAAUGCAGAGCUGCAGUUAUCCUAAAAAAGUAUAUAGAUUGGAGGUGUUGCAUUAUAUGGUCAAGUAAGUUUUCUUAUUAAAUCAGGUGUGAAUUUUUUUAUGUAGUAAGGUACUCUGGGUUUAACAUGGUAGUUUUGUCAGCUGUAAAAAAGGCCUUCAGUGUUGUAUGUUAUUUAUUUUUUUAGUACUGUAGUAGCUAAUAGAUUGCUGUUUUGUUUCUGUGUUUCAAUAUCACUGCAAAAUUUGAAGAAGAAAAAAAUCAAUUAAAUUUUCAGCAAUAUUACUUUCUUGAAUCUGUCAAAAUCUCCAGACUGCUCUUGAACAAAUAUUUGAUUAAAUUAUUUUUUUAAACCAUUGGAGAGAUUAUUUAGUCGUUGGCCUUUAACUAUUGACUCUUCAAUGAUACAAAUUCAAAUUAUAUGAAGAAGACUUAUUGGUGAAUUGUACCAGCAAAUGUUGGAUCAGGUCUUUGUAAGAAUCAAAUUGUGGGUAAUGUACACUGCUAAAAUAGCAGUAGACUUGGCUGAUGAAGUCGUGGCUCUGUAUGACGUAUGUAAUUCUAAGUGGUUUCUGUGGUAUUGAUGUAUAAUGGUCAAUCUGAUUUAUACAAAGACCUGCAUUCAAAUAAUCAAUUUUUAAUUGUAAAACAUAGUCUUAAAGUAAUUGUAUGCAUGAAUAUUUGCCAGCUUUCCUUUACUUUCUGAAUAGGUUGAAUAUUGUAUAGUACAUUUGUACAAGUGAUUUUAAAACACAAAAAUGAAUCCUGCUGUUACACUGGCUAUACUGGUACCCUGAAUAUACUGGUACAGUUUAUACAUUUUUACAUAGUUUUGUUUCACAGAGAUUAGUUGAUAAUCUGAAUCAUAAUUAAAAGAAAAAAAUGCUAAAUUAUUUUGCUUUUUUGUAUUUUCUUACACUUUUUCUCAUGGUGAGAAAGUGUUUAGUCUGUUUGUUAUUCAUUUUUUUUAAGUUUGAAAGUUUGAAUUGUUGUUAAUUUUUUUUUAUUUAUUCAUUGGUAUUUGUUUGAAAAAUUAAAGCUUAGCAGCUUAAAAUUAAUUUAUUGAUAGUUAUCAUUAUAUUUUAUAAAUUAUAGAAUUUUUUUAUUUUUCAUAUUUAUUUUAGAUUUUUUAUAUGAAUUGUUAAGUUUCAUUUUUUUUGUCAAUGAAUUGGAAAGGGCUUGUUAGGAACAUUAAAAAAAAAUAUUUCUGGAAUAUAAAUGAUUCUGAAAUCCAAAAAAUGUAAAGAAAUUUAAAUUGGCCUCAAAUUCAUCUUAUCAAUAAUCUAGUAACAGUUAAACUAGAAUUUGUUUGAUGCAAUUUUAAGGCUAGAUAAAGUUAAUUCCUAGAUUCUCAUUUCUAAAUGUAUUUUUUCAUUAAAAGAAACUUUAUGUUUUCAGUUUGGAAAUCUUUAAAUCUUGAUACAAUGAAGACCAAGUAAAACAAAAAUUAAUUCCUAUUUAAAAAAAGUCGAAUGAGAAUGUAGGAAUUUUAACUUCACCUAAAUGAUAUUAGAUUAAUUAUGUUAUUGGUGAAUAAACUAUCCAGAAAAUUAUCAGGUGCUACUUUUUGUCGUUGCCAAACCACUAAUUUGAUAUUAAUUCAAACUUCAUAUAAUGAUACAGCAUGCAUAUCAUUGGCUUUGUAAAUUUCAACAGUCAUUAUUUUAUCUCUAUCAAUGUUAUUGAUUUAUUUGAUAACGUCAAGUGAAUUAGAAAAGUGAAAAAACCCAAAAGGUGUCAAAAAAUUUAUAGAGAAUUAAAAGAAUAAAGUAAAGAUAUUGUAGGGCUAUGAUUGUUGAAGUUUAUAUGAGUCUCCAUUUCACAUUCAUACUUUCCUAUUCAAUUGUUUUUUGCAGAUUUGUUCUACAGUGCAAUACUAUUUGAUUAUUUUUCUAGGUAGCAUGCUAUGUGUUCAUUCCAGCAAAGACUAAAAAUACAGUGAUCUACACUUUCUUGCAACUUACCUAAAUUUGUCAGAUUGUCACAAGAGCUGUUUUAAUGUUUUUAGCAUUUGAUAUAAAAAUUGAUCUAGUAACUUUGAUCUUAUAUGAAUUUAGAUUUAUAAUGAUUAUAUACUGGGAAAAAAAGCUCGUAAAAAAUCUAAAAGAUUUGAUCAGUUUCAAGAAAGUAUAGAUAUGAUAUUUUGGUUUUUAUAUUACUAUUCAAUCAUAUUUUACCACAUGGAUGUGUGAUAAUGUAUGAAUUUACUUUCUGUAGGUGUAAGGAUCUAUUUUUUGAUUCUGAAGCCAAAAGAUUGCUUUGGUUUUAAUUUUAUUGACUUGAAAAGGCAAAAUUGUUUUGCAAUGUUCAACCACUCGACAAAAAUUAGUCAGCAAAAUUUAACAGAUAGAUAAUGUGUGACACCUUAAGAGGAUAAAACCAUAUGUUAUUUAAGAGCAGAAACAAAUAAGCCUGCUGGAUAUAUGAAUACCUGUUUCUUAGGGUUUGUUUCAUUUGCCCAGUUAGGAAUUACUUGUUAUAUGCCUGUUUAAUGCAUGUGGUGAAAUGUGAGGAACUUUUUUAGCCGAUUAUAUUUUGCCACUAGUGAAAAGCUCACAAUUUGAUUGUUGUAUAUGAUUGUACAUUUACUCAACAAAAAUGUUCAUUUAUAAGUGCUAUCAUAAUCAUAUAUCAUUAUUUUACUCAUUAUAUAGUUGGCUUCAUGUUGGAACAGCCAUCAUGUAUCGUUGGCAUAGUUCAUUAAGGUCAUCACAUGAUUUCAACGUGGACCAGACAUGUGUCAAUGAUGUCACAGUAACCUUGUAUUGAGGGUAAUCCUAAUUUUAUCUAAUGUUGAUGUUCUGAGUUAAAAUUAUGCAGGAUCAUUUACAUUGGGUAAGAUCGUGAAUAGUUUUGAUACACGGUUAAAUCAAAUUAUAUAGGGUACAAGUUAAGGAUGUCUCAAAAGUUUACCGUCCCAAAGUCAAAAUUAGUUUUAUAAAAAAAAAAGAAUUCCCUUAACUUUUGCCUUUGAUCUCUUGUAAAUGCCAUUUUUGCUUAAAAGUAUUUAUUAAUCCAAGUCACAGAAAUACAGGUGUUUUGAGU